CUUUAUCUUGAUUGGGCCAUUUGUAGGAGAGGAAAGGGUCUUCUUUCCUCCUCCUACUAAUAGGCAUUAUAUUCCUCAGUUCUCACACUUCACAGCAACGUCUCUCGUUUUUUCUUCAUCACAUCACAGUUGAAGGCACAUCAAUAUGGCAGCCGUGAAAGUCCAUGGAAGUCCUCUCUCAACGGCUACACAGCGAGUUCUAGCUUGCCUUUACGAGAAAGAAACUGAGUUUGAGUUUGUUAAUAUCAAUAUGGCAGCAGGAGAGCACAAGCAGGAGCCUUUUAUUUCCCUCAAUCCAUUUGGUCAAGUUCCAGUUCUUGAACAUGGAGAUCUUAAGCUCUUUGAAUCUAGGGCCAUUACCCAAUACCUCGCCCAUGAAUAUUCUGACAAGGGAACGCAGCUCUUAUGCCCAGGCAUGAAGACGGCGAUAUUAUCAGUCUGGAUGGAGGCAGAGGCUCAUCAAUUUGAGCAACCAGCUUCAAAGUUGAACUGGGAAAUAGUUUAUAAGCCGUUCUUUAAGUUGACCACGGAUCCAGCAGCAGUACAAGAAAACGAAGCUACGCUAACUAAGGUUCUUGAUGUCUACGAGUCUCGGUUGGCUCAAUCUAAGUACCUGGCAUGUGGCUGCUUCACCUUGGCAGAUCUACACCACCUGCCUAACUUACAGUUGCUAAUGGGUACAGAAUGCAAGAAAUUGAUUGAUGCACGCCCCCAUGUCAGCGCAUGGGCGACUGAUAUCACCGCUAGGCCAGCUUGGGCUAAGGUUCUUGCUAUGCAACAGAAAUGAGAAUCGGCGGCUGCUAAUCUACCUACAGGAGUACGGUCAUUUCUCUUCAAUAAUUGAUUAUGUUGCGUCCUGUUUCCUUUUUUGUCUUAUAAUGUGCUUUGCGAAGAUUGAGUUUCUCAAAAUCCUCUCUUUUACAGAAAUAAAAGCUGUACUGUUUGUUUA